CUAGUCCACAGUAUGUCGCUCGCAGUGCAUCUUGGGCAAUGAAGAGAACUCAGUUUAGUGUUCUGGUAAACUGACUUUGUUUGCACUAAACUGCUAGUAUUGCCAUGGGCAUCGUACAAUAUCUUCAUGUGGUGCUGUUUAUAUUGAACUUCACUCUCCACACUGUGGCACAGACAGCAGUAAAUUGUCAAAACUUCAAGUUUGUUAUCGAUGAAAAUGUCUCCUACAACCACAUUUUUGAGGGUCACGUAUUUCGAAGAUUGACAGUCUGUGGCGCCGCUCAGUGUCACAUGAAGUGUAAAGAUGACUGCUUGUGUGUCUCCAUGAAUUAUUUUCCACAGUCUCGUGAAAAUAACUGUGAACUUAAUGAUGCUAACAAAGACAUGGAGCCAGCGGCAAUGAAAUGGAGGAAAGGAGGGAAUUAUUAUGAUUUAGUGAGAAAUUUCACGGGUGGAGACAAAGACAUCUCGGGGAAGCAUCGCUGCAUCAACAGAUGCUGCAGACCCAAUCCUUGUCUCAACGGAGGGGUAUGUCAGGAGAUCUGUGACACCCACGGCAUCCGCUUUUCUUGUGGCUGUCCCAACAAAUAUACUGGUCAGCGGUGUGAGAGGACAAAGCUGAAGAGUUGUGAGGACAUCGUCAAGUACGGUGCCUCGACAUCAGGAGAAUACGAGAUCUUUAAUUCAAACAAUGACCCGUUUUCUGUUUACUGUGACUUGCAGUCUGAACCAAGUUUUGUAUGGACACUGAUACAAUCGUUUUCCUUGGCUAAAAAAGAUACCUUUGAGAAUAAACCUUUUGGCGUAAAUUUUGAGAUUAAUAAUGACAAAAAAAAAGUGGAUUGGAACGGGUACCGACUAUCCUUAUCACAGAUGAAGUCUCUUGCUGAUCACUCCACACAUCUGAGAGCAACUUGUAACUUUUCUACAGAUGGUCUGCAGUAUACGGACUACGCACGCGCAAAACUGGCAGGUCAUGACAUCUUUGGUAACUGGACCAUCUGUCAGAUGUAUGAAUAUGUUAACAUCCGAGGAAUCAAUUGUUCUAAUUGCACCGCCCUGACAAGACAGAAAUCAAAUACGUCUUGGACCAUAAGGAGUUACAAAAGCAAAGAAAAAGGAUGUGAUUUUGAUGGAACGCCAGGUGGAAUCAACACAGAAUACAAUUUCGGAGAGUAUGAGAGUGACAAAAUGAAUCCGACUCACCGCUGCACUUCAUCAAAUGCUUCUACAACCCAACACUGGUUCGGAGCUAAAUAUGACGUGUAA